CUCAAUCGGAGAAAGUUGCUUAACUACGGUGAUUUAUGAGAUUUCACCAAGAACACUUACAUUGCUGUACUAAAUUAGCUCCAUGGUAGAUACAAAAGAUACCUCAGAUAGUUUGCGUUGAUAUUUUAUAAAAUUAAAAAUCCCAAAAUCAUUGUCGACUUCAUGAAAAAAUUGGUUUACCCAGGUCCCAGGCAGAGCGGAGGGUAAAAGUUACCCCUGACUGUCCCGAGAAUGGCUUGUAUGUACCUGUGUCGUUAUCGAUAGCGGGGUGUGGCGUCCGGACAUCCCCAAAAGAAACCCCUCCCAAACUUCCUUUCUCCCAUUCCCAUGACAAAUAUUGCGGUGCUUAAUUCAUAUCGCGUUUACGGGAAAGAAUCGUAACCCGAAAGAAGGUUUCAAUUGUUUUAGAACCAAAUGGGAAUCGGCCUUGAAAUACCAGUCUUUGGCGCUAUUGCCGCCUUAAAAGCAGUCGGGUUAGGUGCAUCGCGUAUCGAGCUCAACGCCAAAGAUUCAUAUUCCGAUGGAGGCCUAACACCUUCGCUCGAGGACCUCAAACGUGUAGCGCAACUCCCGGUUCCCGUGCGCAUCAUGAUACGGCCACGAGGCCCUCUAGCUGAAAAGGAGACGCGAGAUUUUGUAUAUUCCGACGAGGAGUAUGCCCAAAUGGAGGUUGAUAUUCGGGCAUUUAAAGAAUCAGGCUUGCUAAAUGAGGGACGUGGAGAUGGAUUCGUGUUUGGCAUCUUGAAAGAAGACUCUCGCCUUAACGAUCAAUGCUGGGUUGAUGAAGUUAAGUGUUGGGUCGAUAAGGAUAGAUGCGCCCGUCUCGUUGAAUCUGCUCGACCCUUCAAAGUCGUCUUCCAUCGAGCCUUUGACGAAAUAGUGAGCUGUGAUGAAGAUGAAAUCGAUAUUGAUGUGCGCUACGCAUGGGAAACUGGACUUAAUCACCUAGCAACUUGUGGCUUCGAUGCUAUACUCACAUCAGGUGGCCUUGGACACGCAGCCAACAAUAUUACGAUGCUAGACAAGAUUAUCGCAAAAGCAGAAACACUUGGCAUCGAGAUUAUUGUGGGUGGCGGCGUUAGAAGGCAUAACGUUAGAGAGCUUUCACGGCAGCUCAGGCUAAAUGAGAGGAGCCAAUCAACAUUUGUUCAUUCUGCUUGUCUUUCAAACGCGGAGUCAGAGGACAUCGAUACUGACGAAGUCGCUAAUAUCUUAUCGCAACUAAAAUGAGGCCUAUGGUUAUAUAAAUGCAUAACCAACUCCAUAUCGUGAACUCUCAUCAAUAUCGUAU